CAACUACCUCUGACGACUACUUUGCUCGUCUUAACCACCUUCCAGUGUCGUACUCCGAAGUUUAGAACCAAAAAGGCUUAAUCCUCGUCCAUCAAGUCAGACUUAACCAAACUUGCGCAUUUGCCAGAAUGGAUCAGGACCCAGGAGACUUACGAAUAGAAGACAUUCUGAACCAACUUCUUGGGCCAUCUGAGGCGGUUAAAUCAACCCUGACGGCACAAUUGUCUCCGGUACAGGAUAAAGACGCUCCGAGCACGCGUUCUAAUAACGACAGCUAUAUAUUGGCGGUUGUUUCAAGCUCUGAGAAUGUUGAGGAAGAAGGCAGUGUCUUUAUCUUCAGGCCUGUGGUUAUAAGGAAAGAACCGGAGUCGGACAAUGAACUGGAUUACCAGCUGCUUGCGACGCUCCCACUGACGAAUGCUUUGUCAAUUUCUGUGGCGCAGUCAAGAGCGCGGUCUGGUACAAUAGACCUUCGCCCUGGAAAAUAUGCUCCUGCAUCAGGUCCAUCCUUUGUAUUAACUCUUAACUUUGCCGGUCAAAAAUACGUGUUCUUUGCGGAGUCUUCCGAAGAGCUUGGCUCCUUCGUCUCCGAAUGCAGGAGACUCAUCAAAGUUGCGGAUUCUGCUCCACAUAUAGACUUUAGAUGGCUCAACAAGUACCAUGCACGGCGAAGACUUCGAGUGCCUGCUCUGUUUCCGCGACCGGAUUUACGAAAACUCGUUGAACCUGCUCAUGCAGGUCUUUCAGAAGCUUGGGCCGGCCAACCUGGAGAUGAAGAUGCGGAUAUUGAGCACAUUCGUAAUGAGUGGUUGCGAAGAAAGCUCGAUGAAGAUAAGAGCGUCUUUACUGGAGAACGCAAUAUUCGCAUCCGGUUGGGAACCUUUAACGUCAACGGGAAGACUCCUUCGCAGGACCUCUCACCCUGGAUUCGCCCACAACAUAACAAACCAUCCGAACAACCAUCCCUUCCAGCUCUCAAGUCCAUUUCACCGAUUUCUUUAUCGUCAUUCACGUCUUCCGAUUACCUGUCUGCUAAGCCCACCAAUUCAGGGAUGAACGAUGCCACGGCUUCUCCUCAGGAUAGCGAUCCAGAUAUACUUUUUCUAGGUUUUCAGGAAUUAGACCUAUCAACGGAAGCACUUUUGUACAGCUACUCGACAACGCGUGAAGAAAUGUGGCUUGAGGCCAUCUUCGCAGCUCUUGGCGAAGUUCGGGAUCAGUAUAUGAAGUUGAUCUCGAAGCAACUGGUCGGCAUGCUCGUCACUUGCCUUGUCAAAAAGGAACUCGUGAAAGAUAUAACAGACAUGAGAACGAGCUCCGUAGGAACGGGAAUAAUGGGUGUACUGGGAAACAAGGGAGCCGUCGCAUUGCGUCUAACACUCGGUUCUACGGUAAUCACGGUUGUAAAUGCUCACCUCGCGGCAUUCGACGAAAACAUUGAUCGGAGAAACUCUGAUUUCCGUGACCUUACGCAACGCCUCUCGUUUAUAUCGUAUCCGGAGCAGUCGUCCUCUGAAGAGGCCGGAGAAUCAAAUUCUGAGUCAAUAUUCCAAAGUGAUAUUCUUUUCUGGAUGUCAGACUUGAAUUAUCGCAUCGACCUUUCGGAUACUGAAGUUCGAGAACUCAUCUCUGGGGGCCCAUUAACGCGUAACUAUGAUAUCCGGGAUCUACUAAGCCAUGACCAGCUGACAAAAGCUCGACUCGGUGGCAAAUCAUUCGAGAACUUCAGAGAAGGAGAAAUAAGGCACCGCCCGAGCUACCGAUUCAGUGCCGGUGUUGCAACAGAUCCGAAUGGAUACGAUAUGAAACGGCGCCCAGCUUGGACAGACAGGAUACUUUAUCAAGUUGCUCCUCAUGUUUCUUUGACCCAGACAAAUUAUGACGCCCACCCUGAGCUGACAAUGAGCGACCACAAACCAGUAUCUGCGGAAUUCGUCAUAACUGUUCAAGAAGCGGAUGAAACAGUGUAUUAUGAGCGGAUGCAAGAGCUGCUUGCGAAAGUUGGUGACUUAACAGAAUCGGACGAAACACCGAAAAUGAAAAUCCAGCUGUCAGAAGUCCAAUUCUGGGAGGUUCGACAUAAGCGAAAGACGAGUCAACACCUGACGCUGCAAAACUCGGGGAAGAUUCCUUGUGCAUUUCGCUUUGUGUCAUUGAGCGAUGGCGAACCAGCCUUCGUCCCAUGGCUUUCAGCGGAACCUCAGAUGGGCAUAAUUCUCCCAUAUGAAGAGCUUUCGAUCAAGUUGACUGCUUAUGUCGACGAGAACUCUGCUUCUGCAUUAAAUGUUGGCAAUGCACAACUACAACAUACAUUGAUUCUCCAUACGUUCCGGGGCAAAGACCAUUUCAUUGUUGUCACUGGAGAAUACAGACCCACUUGUUUUGCGAAUGAACUCGAGACAUUGGUUCGCCUUCCAGGACCUAUUCGAGAAACUCGCAAAGAGAAAGAGCCACUUGCCGAAAAGCAAAAAGCAAACGCCCCGCGAGAAAUUAUGAGAUUGAUAAAUUGGCUAAUGACAAAUGCCACUAAUAUUCCUGACCUCUUCACUUCACACGGAGAUGCUCAGCUAGAAGAGACUAUCCAAGAGUCGUUAGAUACGGGCGAAGAGUUCAACUUCGACUCUAAGGACAUGUCUGAAGCUGAAAGGCGUAAAUUGGCACUAUCAUUCGCGGAUGUUCUUUUCGAUUUCUUCCAGUUAUUGCCGUCUCCUCUCAUCCCGGCCAGUGUUCAAGAUCGCUGUACUCAAGCAACAGAUCGAGAUGAAGCAUUCGAAGUCAUGUCAUCGGAGCUCCCUGGCACUUCUGUUAACGUCUGGAUCUCUUUGACCGCCUUUCUGCACUAUCUUGCACAACAAAUUAUCCCUGGCGAAGAGAAUUCUGGCGGUGGCACAAAGGCAUCGCUUCUUGCUUGUAUUUUCGCUCCUGUUCUCCUUCGAGAUGAACCAGACGCAGCGAAACGGGUUUCACCACUUGCUAAAAGACGCUUCUUGUUGCACUUUAUUCAAUAAUGCAUCUUACAGGUAUUAAUAUAUGUACAUGUUUGUAUGGUCGAUAUAUGUAAUGGGGAUUAGGCCUAGUUGUCCGCUUAACUUGCAAGGACUACCAACAGAAGAAAGAUGAGUUUUCAACAACCACAUCAACCGCGUUUUCUUCGUUUUCUCUUCCGAUCACCUUCGUCUUUUCCAUUCUGCUCUUGCACGGGCUCCUCUAAACUAGACGUGCCUUGGGCAUUUGCGAUAGCGGCUUUCCUGAUCUUCUCCGGUACCUUUUCCCAAUACAUUUCCUCUCGUUUUCCUUGGAUGAGCUCAACUUCAAUCAACGAACCCUUUGUGGCAAGUGUACCAAUAUUGUCUAACGGAUUCGAUUGCACAAUCUUAUGCUCUGAGAAGUACGAAACUAGCGUCCGCACAUGCUGAGGACCUGAUAGCCGGAGGUAGCAGCUGUCAAGUCCUUUAGUAUAGUCGACAUAGUCUAUACGAGAAGAGUCCUUCUCGAAUGCAGACGCGAAAAGAGUACGGAGCGUCGUCUUGUUCGUCUCAGGGUGGACGUUCUUGACGAACACCAGGCAACCCACUGGAAACCAAGCGGGAACUUCAUCCUCAAGCAUAGAUCUAUUCUGUUUGCUAUCAGCUGAAAC